GUGGUUGCUAUGGAAAGAAAAACUUCCACCGCAACUGUCUCAUUGGGGGUGGAGACUGUGUCCACCAAUCACCAUGGAAGAUGACUGACAGCUUUAUGAACCAAUUCGCGUUGGAGAAAUAUGAAGGUGGCCAAUGAAAAUCCAGCAAAAGAGAGCUGUAGUUAGAUAGAGAGCGCUAGGAGCAGUAGCAGGACCCAACCUAUGUGAGACGGCAGCAAAAAUGACUAAUGACCCAGCAUGAGGAGCCAGUCAUUCCAUUAACAUGGACAAGUACGAAAAGGUGAAGAAAAUUGGGGAAGGCUCAUUUGGAAAGGCCAUCCUUGUCAAAUCAAAAGAGGAUGGACGCCAGUAUGUCAUCAAGGAGAUUGGCAUAUCUGGAAUGUCAAGUAGAGAGAGGCAGGAAUCUCGAAAAGAAGUUGCUGUUCUUGCCAAAAUGAGUCAUCCCAACAUUGUCCAGUAUAAGGAGUCUUUUGAAGAGGGGGGCUGUCUGUAUAUUGUGAUGGACUACUGUGAGGGUGGAGACCUCUUCAAGAAGAUCAACUCUCAGAAAGGAAUACUGUUCUCAGAAGAGCAAAUCCUGGCUUGGUUUGUGCAGAUUUGCUUGGCACUGAAGCAUGUACAUGAUAGGAAAAUUCUCCACAGGGACAUCAAAUCCCAGAACAUAUUUUUGACAAAAGAUGGGACUGUGCAACUUGGGGACUUUGGAAUUGCAAGGGUGCUGAACAGCACUGUAGAACUGGCGAGAACGUGUAUAGGAACACCAUAUUACCUAUCACCAGAAAUCUGCGAAAAUAAACCAUACAACAACAAAAGUGAUAUUUGGGCCCUAGGGUGUGUCCUGUAUGAAAUGUGCACUCUUAAGCAUGCAUUUGAGGCUGGCAACAUGAAGAACCUAGUUCUGAAGAUCAUUCGUGGCUCUUACCCUCCUGUGUCUGUUCACUACUCUCAAGAACUCCGCUCUCUCCUGGCACUGCUGUUUAAACGCAACCCCCGGGAAAGGCCCUCAGUUAGCAGCAUUCUGGACAAACCUUUCCUGUCCUGUAGGAUAGAGAGGUUCCUCACACCGCAGCUCAUCGCUCAGGAAUUCCGCCAUACUUUUCUUCACAAGCAGCCUAAAGUGGGUGUCUUGCAGGGGCCACCAGCCAAGCGUCCUGCCCCUGGCUCCAUACCACUUGCCCCUGCCCAGAAGAUAACCAAACCAGCUACCAAAUACGGAGUGCCUUUAUCUGUGAGGAAGGUGUCAGAUGUUGCCAAAAAGCCUGCAGAGAGGAAACCCGCUGUAAAACAUAAACCGGCCCCUCUCCCAGCACCCCAGAGAAGAGAGGACGAGGAAGAGAGGAAAAAACAUGAGAAUGGCAUCAGAAAGAAAAGGAUGGAGCUGAUUGAGAAAGAAAGGAAACAGAGAGAGCAGAUGUUCCUGUUGAAAGCAGAGCAAAUGAAGAGAUAUGAAAAGGAAAAGAUCAAUCGUAUAAACCAAGCCAGAGAACAAGGCUGGAAGCAUGUCUUGAGUUCUAGUGGAGGUAGCAGCCCAGAGAGGAAGUGUUUUGUAGGUGGUCGAAAUAGGGCUUCAGGUUUUGGCCCCUCUGUCCCAGGCUUUGUUCAGGGGCCUACUCCAGCCCCUGUCCCUGCUCUGGACCAAAUGUCUCAACCACACCCUAAGGACAUCAGCAGGAAGGGAUCCUCAGCAGGACCAGGCAGUCCCAUUCGAAGUGUACAGGCUGCUGCUGGUCCAGUGCUGCCCAAUGGUCCCGCCCAACUACUAAACCGGGAUACAAUCAAGAGAGAACUUCAGAGGCUGCAACUCGUUUCUAUGCAAGCUCGUAUCACUAGGCAGCGUGGUCACAUGGCUGCUGACCGGGCUGAUCAGGUUGAGGAGUUUUUACAACGUAAGAGAGAAGCUAUGCUCAACAAAGUCCGUGCUGAGGGGCAACUGGGCACUCGACAAAACCUUGCUGCAGUCUAUGGAAGCCGGGCUGGUUCGGUUCAGUGCAGGAGAUCCAGAGCCAACAAAGAGGAGGAGGAGUACUUGAAGAAACUGAGGCAGAUCCGCUUGCUGAACUUCAAUGAGCGCCAGCAGAUCAAAGCCCGACUCAGAGGAGAGAAGUAUGACAGUGAUGGUUCAGACAGCCAGGAGUCUAAUGAGGAGGCAGAGCUCAGGAGGAAGAAGAUAGAGGCUUUAAAAGCCCAAGCAAAUGCCCGUGCUGCCGUACUGAAAGAGCAACUAGAGAAGAAGAGGAGAGAAGCAUAUGAGAGAGAAAAGAGAGCCUGGGAGGACCAUCUGGCAGCACGGGGGGUAAAGGCUGGAAUGGAAUCAGGAAACGUGGCAGCGGCGGCGGCGGUGGUAGCAGUAGCAGUAUCAACUACCUCUGAAAGUCCUCUUCCACAGCCCAGUCCUUCUCAGCCAGAACCAGCUGCCAAAGCUCCUGCCCUGCCUGCAUCCAAACCCUCCACCCCAGCUAUAUCCAUGACUGCUGCCCUGAAGAAUGUUGGAGCAAUUACUCCACUAAAAGAAAAAUUGCCUGAGCCAGAGACUGCUACAGUCACCCAAAGUGAGAAAAAGCAGAUACUGCGCAGACUUAACCAGAACCUAAAAGUCCAGAGUCCAGUGGAGGAGGCUGAGGUGUCGCUUCCACCCCCUGCAGAACAGAGUCCUGCUCCCCAGCAGAACCAGCCUGACACAGAGAAUCAUCACUCUUUGAACGGAGACCGAAAGAAGUGGGAUGCAGCAGAACUGCCUGUACUUCCUGUGGUUCAGCAAACACUAGGGGAAACCUGUGCCACGACAACUACCACCUCAGUGUCUCCACCGGAAGACAGACCGUCUUCUGCUGGAGAUAGGAAGAAGUGGGAGGCAGGAAUUCCUCUUGUCCUCUCUGUAGCCCAACAAACUCUAGAGGAGACGGGCAUCGCAACCAUUGAGCAAACAGCGGGUGAGGUUAUACAGAUGGGUUUGCUACAGGAAGAAAAUCCUAGGAAGGUGUGGGGAGUGAAUCCAGACUCUCAGGUUUUGAGAGUCCUUCAGGAGGCAGAGCUUCAGCCUCUCACCCAGCAGCUGGAGAAUGUCACCAUCUGUGGGAAAGAGGUUCCCAGUCCCGAUAAGCCAAACCAGGCCGCAGUACCUGACAUUUUCAGGACACCUAAAGAAGCGUUGACCUCUAAGCCAACACCAUCUGCUGUGCUUCAGAGCCCUGAGUUUCAGAGAGAGUGUGCAGCUCCAACAGAGGCCUCACAUCAGGAUGUGGCCGGCACAGCAGAAAGAAUGACACUGCCACCCAACCUUACUGAAACUCAGGAUCCAGCAGACUUGGAGUCUGUGGUUUUGGAAGAGACACCUAAACAGGCCUCACAUCUCCAAGCUGGUGUGCAGCAAGCAUGGGAGAAGGAAGCCCAACAGCCAUUGCCACCAGAGGGCAUUAAAAGACCAACAGGCACCAAGGAGAGUGAGAAAAGCACAGACAAACGAGCAGAAUCUUCUGGUUUAGCACAGUGCGAGGAGCCUCUGUUUAUGAAGUUAUGCUCCCCGGCCCACCGACGCACUGCUGCCCUUGCAAUCCUCUCAGCCCAGUCCUCUAUGGAUGAUUCAUCCUCCUCUAUGGCCUCUCGCUCACGCUCCGUCUCACCUCUGCGCUCCAAACACCACAACUCCCUCCUCAUUGGUCUCUCUACGGGCAUGUUUGACGCAAACAACCCCAAGAUGCUGCGGACCUGCUCUCUUCCAGAUCUCAGUCGUCUCUUCAGUGCUCAACAGGACUCUGCGGUGGCUAGUGAUGCUAAUGUUGCCCCAGACAACAACCUGGAAAUCGAGGACCUGGAUGAGGGAGCCAAAGAUGAUGACCAGUCAGAGACUGAAGAUGCAUAUGAGGAUGAAGACCUGCGGGACAUCAGGGCCUCCAUGGAGAGACUGCUGCAAGAAGAGGGUGACUUAAUGAGGAGCUCUCCAGAGGUUGGAGCGGGCGACUUUAAUGGAAACCCUCCAGAGAGCGAAGACCAGGAGUUUUUUAAUAGGAUAGCAGCUGAGAUCGAUCAGGACAACAAUCAGAUGGCUGUAGAUGACGACGACGACGAGGAUGAUGAAGAAGAGGAUGAGGAGGAAGAAGCCGAGGAGGAGGAGGAGGAGGAGGAGGAGGAUGAGGAUGAGGAUGAGGAUGAGGACGAGGAAUGCUCCAAUGGGAGUCCUGGUGAUGAGGAGGCAGGGGAGUUGCUUACCAAUGGCGUGGGAGAAGAGAACCACAGUAACAAGAGCCAUCUCAAUGAAGAGUGGCAUUCAGACGGCAGUGGGGAGGACCAGGGCGGGGAGGCUGAGCAUCAUGACAGCAUCUUCAGUCGGCUGGAAGAGCUUCGCUUCAACCUGGAGCAGCAGAUGGGCUUUGAGAAGUUCAUUGAGGCCUAUAAUAAGAUUAAGGCUAUACAUGAAGAUGAAGAUGAGAAUAUUGACCUGGGCUCCAGUUUGGUCCUCAGCAUUUUGGGAACUGAGCACCAGCAUCUGUAUUCUAACAUCCUGCAUCUAGUGAUGGCAGAUGGUGCAUACCAAGAAGAUAAUGAUGAAUAAUGUUUUCUGCAAUGGAGCUGCUGGCAGCUUUGACAAUCUGCUAGCUAUCUGAUGUCUUCCGAUGACGCACGUCAUGGGAAGAAGGAUCUAUGCAUGAAGUGUCACAGCCAUGCAUCCAACAGUGUUUCAGGAACACCUGCAUGAGGAAUAACUAGUACACUCAAGGCUGUAUUUCAUACUUUGACUAUCAGCACCUGACACUACUUUCUAACCAGUGUUCAUUCAAAAGUGCAUUAUCAGAUACGUGUUCUUAACAACCAAAGUUCACUUCAAGGUUCUGUCAGAUGUUUAUUAAAGUGUAUGUCUGUGAAUGAAUGACACACAUGUAUUGUCACACUCAUCAAUAGUCUAAACACUUUUAUGUGUCACUUUGUUGUUGCCAUUGUGGCAUUUUAUUUCUGCGGGCAUCGCGGCAUUUUAUUUUGGUGGGCGAAAAUCUGGUCCUCUCAGGUGCUCUCUCUUUCUAAUUGUCACAUGCUCAACCAUAGCUUCAAGACGUAAACCAUGUCACCCUCAAAGCAAAUGUACCAUGAUUUACUCAGAACCAGUUGAACCUCCUUUUCUUAAAACUCUUUUCACCAAACAAGAAGUUGAAUAUUAUCUAAUACGUUUUUUUUCCACAUUUCUUACCGUUUCAGUUAACCCAACUUAAUUAAAAGAUUAUUGUGAGACUGUUGUACGUUGCCAAGGUACUGAAGCAAGACUGUGGCGUUGAAGUGCUGGCUGUUAUGUAGUGAGCCAGAUCAGAUUUAUGUUCAGUGAGGAGAGUUGUACUGAUGAUGUAAACAAUGGUACAGAUACUGACAAUAAUUAUUCUGUGAUUCCACAUUAAAUAUUGUAAAUCUUUAUAUGAAGUAAUAAAAACUUUUUUGA